UGUCUCAUUGUUUUUGUAAAUAAAUGUCAUGUCAGUUUUUAAUUAAUUUUUCUAAAUGUUCUAAUUGAAUAAAAGCACAUCUAAAAAGAAUUGUAAUGGCGUUUAUUAGACGUUACUUACCAUUAGUGACGGGGGGUUUUAAAAAUGUUUACAUUGGUGGACAAAGGAAAGAAAUUCACCGGUAUGUGGCACCCACUUUAAUGGUAUUGAAAAGACGUGAAGACAAGCAGGGUGGUAAAGUAAUAAAACCAAGAAACACAUUCUUAGAGUGGAAUUUAGAGGCGGAGAUGUAUGCUUUCGGCAAGCGCCUGAAUGAAAAUUUUGACCCUGAUCUUCUACUUCAAGCUUUUACUGAUCGGUCAUAUGUGAUCAAAGAGGAAAUGAAACAGAAAGAAAUGGAAUUUGAUAUACAAAUGAAGGAUAAUAGGAAUUUAGCUGAAGAAGGCAGAAAAUUCAUGAAACAGUAUAUACAGCUAUACUUAGAGGCAGCACUACCAAAGUUUCCCAUAGAAGGUAUAAAUGGUAUAUGUGACCACCUUAUGAGUGAAAAUGUUUUAGCAAAUGUGUCUCUGCAUCUUGGAACAAAGGAUAUAAUUUUAGCUGAUGAAUAUCCAGUAGACAAUACUACAUUAGCUAAUGCCUUUGUAGCCAUUGUUGGAGCUUUAUUGCACUCUUCUGGUGAGGAGCAAACUGCACAUUUUGUGAGGGAUUUUGUUAUUACAAAUUUGCAAGGACAAGAUGUAAAUGAAUUCUGGCACAUAGAAGAACCUUGGAUAAUGUUGACUGAUCUGAUAGCUAAAACUGGCAGCAAUCUUGAACCAAGGUUAAUUGGAGAGGUUGGGAAAAAUACACUACUUGCCUGCUACAGGGUUGGUCUGUACUUAGACAAGAAAAUGUUAUCUUCAGGUUUUGGUGAAACCAUUGCAACUGCCAAAGAAAUGGCUGCAAGAGAAGCUUUGAAGAAGAUAUUUGGCACUGAAGAAAAUCAAUAUCCAAUUAACUUCAAGCUAAAUGGCAUACCAAAAUCAAGCUCUAAAUCAAGAUAUCAAGUGUCUGCCAGUUGAAAUUUUAUUGUUUAGUAUAAAUUAAGGAUUAUCUAAAAUAAAUAGCUAUUAAAUAAA